CACAUGCACUUUGCUUGUACUUAGUUAAUUGAACUCAAAUUUGAUAAGUUGCACCUUGCUAUUCUUUUUCUCAAAUCCUGGAACAAAAAAUUCCUGAAGACAUCUGAAAAGAAUUUCCAUUAAUGAGGACUCAGACAAUCAUGAUGUUGACCACUGCAGCUCUUAUUCUCAUUGUCACCUGUGAAGUUGCUCUAGGACAGGAUCACAGGCCGGCUGUUGUAGUACCAAAAUAUUCUUUGGAUAUGGCACCAGAUUCAGUCGAUGACCUGUAUGAUGGUUGUUCAAAAAACAUGACAAGCAAAGUGGAGACACAAUAUCUAAACAAAGAAAUCUCUGCUAACAUAUCUGGCUUUGGAAAAGCUUGGCAAGACGGUGAAAAGAAAGACUUUAGUCCACAAGAUAACUUGAAAAGGAAUCAUUUAAUUGCCAUUUCUGUGUACACUAGUCGUCAGGUAUAUAGUAAAUUCAAUCAAGAUGUUUUUAAUGGUAAACGAAAAUACCAAAAAUUGACAUACACAUGGUACUCGCUUCACUUUUGGUUGACGGAUGCAUUACAGAAUUUAAAGGAAAGACAACAGGAAUGUAAAUUAACAUAUCGUGGUACCAAUGUUGAGUUUAAUGUGAAAGAUCGGAAAAAGGAGAUUCGUUUUGGUUUGUUUGCAUCCUCUUCUCUUGAUCAAAAUGUAACGAAGGGAUUUGGAAAUCUUUCUUGUUUUGAAAUCUAUACUUGUCAUGGUGCUGAUGUGUCAAAAUACUCUGAGCAUCCUCGUGAGAAAGAGGUUCUGAUUCCCCCGUAUGAGAAAUUUAACAUCACUGAUAUCAGGAAUGGUCAGAAAGAUGACUGGUGUAAGACUGUGUACACGUUGAACAGCACUGGAAUAAAAAGUAACUUAAACUGUGCGGUGGCUUCAGUCAAUUCCCAGAAAUAUCACAAAAGUCAUUCUCUUUCUCACCACCGGGCUUUUUUAUCCGACCCGCACAAGAGUUUUGAGUGAAAACUAAACAUGGCAAUAAAAAUGAUCUAAGACUCCAAAUGUUGCGUGUUCAACAAAGAAAGGAUAGCAAAAUAAUUCACCAGUAUAUCAGACAAAAGGAAGAAUGUCUGACUUCAUAAGAAAGUAGAAAUUACCAUUUGUAAAAAACACAAUCUGCUUUCCUCUGUUUAACACACAUUUUCUCGAAGUGAUGGAUAUGACUUAUGGAUGUGAAAUGAGAAUUGAUUUCACCUUUUUGCCAAAUGCUUUUUAGAUAUUUUCAUUAUACAUGUUUUCAUAUGUACAGUACAUCUAGUGACAUGCACUAGGGUAGAGAGACAGAAAAAAUGGGUAUUUAAUUUUUUCCCCAAAAUAUAAAAGUGUGCUCAUAAAAAAAUCUUGACAUUUUUAUUUCUUUAUUUUAAGUCGUGUUUUCUUAUAGCAUCUGCUAAAUGCCUAAAUGUUAAUAUCUUGUGUUGCUUUUAUUAUUCCAAAUUUUGAUACUGUAAA